AGCCGGCUUCAAACAGCUGUUUUCUAAAUCACUAUUUUCAUAUUACCAGAUAUGAUUUAGUUGUUAAAUAAUACCCCAAAAUGUCCACGGAGCCUUAUAAUGCAAACACAACAGAUUCCGACCUAAAAGGUGAAUGGUCUAUCCGGCCAUGUUCUGCUUAUAAAGAAGAAUACGAUGAUUGUACCAGUAUCAAGGCGCGUUUCCAUCAAUACUUUAUACAUGGCGAAAACAUUGAUUGCUCCCAAUGGAAAACGGAUUACAAUAAUUGUGAACGCUACACGAAUUCCAAUAAGAAGGAUGUAGCAGCUGGUGAAGCAGUAAUUCGUAGUGAAGCUGAACGGCGGCGAAAACGCAUGGAGGCACACUAUGGUAACACAACGUGGAAUAAGCGAACACAGCCUCCGGAAGACUGGUCUAAGCCAUUACCUGAGUGGUUGGCGAAGAAGUAUGAGAAUACUUAUUUGGAGUUGAAACAAAUGGAAUUGGAUGGACGAAGAACACCUGAAGUGAUUGAAAAAUCAUAUUGUGCUAUAAUGUAGAUCAAAAAGUUUAGACACUACUGAAAUGUUAAUAGGUUAAAAUCAAUACUUAAAAUACAUAAAAUUCCAUUUUUGGAAAAUCGAGUUAACAGAAUUAAAUUAGAGAAUUAGCGCCUAACUGAAAAAUUAAUUGAAUAGAACUCAAAAAACUUUAUAGCUAAUCAGUAAAAUAUUGGCUUUGUAAUUGUGGUUUUAGUGCUUGAUAUAAACAUAGUUUCCCAUAUGUUUUAUCGUACAAGUUAUGUGUGAAUAUGUAGAAGGAAUCAAUUUAAUUCGCUGGGGGAGCUUUAAUCUCAGCUUUCUUACAGAUAUCUUGUUUGAUUAUAACAUAUUUAACGAUCAGUUUUCCACCCUUGUUUAGCUAUGCUUUUCAAUUGAACUGAGUGAAAGCGCUCAAUUCUGCAAGCUUAAACUGAGUGAGUGUAGUUGUUUUUCAAACUGAUACAACUUUGCAUAAGCGAGGAAUAUGGAAAUAAGCAAGAAAAUCUCGCAAACGCUGCGCAAUGUACAUUUUUGGGCAUUCGAUUUAUAAUAGCGGAACUUUCGAUUCAUGAAUUAUGUGGUUGACGUGGCAGCAUAAACAUUCCCCAUACAUACACGUACGGGAGUGCUGCUGGAGUGAGAGUUUUUGGCCGCAUAUAAAUCCGGGUCGUUCCGGGUACAACAAAUUAUUGUUGUUGUUGUAGCAGUAACUUCGCCCUGUCAGUGUAGUGUAAAUCACCGGUCGUCUUCGUCUAGCUCAUCUAACGGCAGGCCCAGGAAACUUGCUGUUUUGACAGGUUGCGUCCAGAGGGAGAGGGGUGUUAGAUGAGUGGGUUUGAUGGGGCAUGUGAAAAGGCGGUUAGUGUGGUGCGGGGUGCCUUCACAUGCCCGACAUAUGUUUAGUAUAACGGGGUCGAUUCUGGAUAGGUUAGGAGUUUAACCUGCUAGAGCAUCCAGUACGUAAUUGUGCCAAGGUUACGCGGGACUCUCGGGGAAGUUGGGAACGAAUUAUCUUUAUUUACGGUUUGCGCUUACUCCAC